AGAACUUUGGCUUUGACGGGUUGGUGCAUGUGACGCUGUCAGGCGCCGUGCAUCACGGCAACAAGGGCGUGGAGGUGUGGCUUCAGACGUUUGCCCCGGGUUACUCCACCAACGUGCGCUCACAGGAACAGGACACGGUGGUGGUGAUACUAAAGGGGGAGGGCGCGCUGCGCUUCCGUCCCAACGCCACGGACCAGGUGUCGCCCGCCCCCUUUGCCUCCACGCCCUUCCACGCCAACUCAACCGUCAUCAUCCCCCGCAACACCGUUCACCAGCUCGUGAAUAGUGGCAAGAAGCGCCUGCAGUUCCUGCACAUAUUCGGCAAGCCGCCAAUCAAGUUCAGAGAGUUCACGUCGUGGGAGGAGGCUCAAGGCAAGAAAGUGUUCCCUGGUCCCUUCGACCGCAAGUGCCUUCCUGGAAGCUUCUUCGGCGGGCACAGGGCCCCACCCAGCCGAGACAUCUGA